AUGACAGUUCCAAAGUAUAGAUUUUUUGUUUGGCUUGUAAUGAAGAAAAGGCUACAAACUACUGCUAAAUUGUACAGGAUUGGAGUUAGUGAGAACUCUAACUGUCUAAUCUGUGAACAAGAUGAUGAAACUGAGGAUCACUUAAUGUUUCAAUGCUGCUAUAGCCAAGAAGUGUGGAGGAGAAUUAACAGAUGGUUGCAGAUUGGUUCUCAGAUUACAGAUGUCGAUGACAUAGUUCAAUGGAUAACUGAUUGUAGGAAAACAAAAGAACAGAAGGAAAUCCUGGCUGCUGCUAUAGGAGCUGUUAUCUACCACAUCUGGUGGGUUAGAAACCAGGUGUAUAACUAG